UGCCUACAUAACCUUGCGGCCUACCUUGUGGGGGUAUAGCGGACCCAUUUCUCUUCACCACACUAGGUUCAUCAUCGGUUCCGCAUCCCUCACCUACCUACAGGACGACCGUUGCGGAUGAGACUCACUCGUGAUCGGGAUCUGGCCCCCUCUCCCCGCCCACCCCCCCCUUCCCGUCUCGUCCACGUUCCCCGUCCAUAAAGCUGUCGUCCCGGGCCCAGACUGAGAGAAACUUUCGGUCGAGGCUUUUUUUUUUGCUCGUCUUCUUCGACACAGGAGCACGCGCCCUGAACCCCUACUCAGAUACCCUCUUAUCCUCAUCACCUCACCGAUCCUAUCCGGAAAUUACCGACAUGGCAUCUAACGAAUCACCUUUUGCGGAGGCUCCGUCCCCGCCGCAGCCCGUGCCUGGUGCUUUGUCUGAUGCUUUGUCUGUACAAAAGUCAGCCCACGCCGAAACCCUCAUCACCGCGGCGCGUCAGCCCACGGGGCUCGCAUCCGUCAUCCAAUCUCUCCUCGCGGACAGCCGGAAGGACCUACAAGCAUCGGUCCAGUCCCAUCGCAAUAUUAGCGGAUCCCAGGUGUCCCUGGACUCGGAGAAUUCCAACGUGGAAUCUACACCGCGAGCCGAGAGCCCUUUAACUGACCCCGACUCUGACAUCUUCAAUGGAAGCCACUCGGCGAAGAGCUUCCGCGAUUCGAAAGAGUCGCCCAAGGGAAGAAUGCUCAAGAUGAAGCUGAACGGCUCUGCCGACGCCAGCCCAGCCAAGGAUGCUAUCAGCAACCCGAGGUCAAGGCAGCCGCAGGCGGCCCAUCUUCCCGCCGACCCUGCACCUGUGCCGGAAACCAACGUAACUACCGACGUUGACGACAGCUCAAGAGCUGUUGCCGUCGUUGGGAUGAGCUGCCGGCUGCCCGGAGAUUCCACGACCCCCGAGAAAUUAUGGGAGUUGUGCGCCAAAGGCCGCGAGGCCUGGUCCGAGUGGCCCGAGUCCAGGUUCAACCAGGCCGCCUUUUGCCAUCCGCAUCCUGAACGAGCUGGCACUUUUAACGCUAAAGGAGGACAUUUCUUAACGCAAGGCAUGGGGGAAUUUGAUACGUCAUUUUUCAACAUCACGCCUGCGGAAGCUAAAGCUUUAGAUCCUCAGCAGAGAAUACAACUAGAGAACACCUACGAAGCGCUUGAGAAUGCUGGCAUUCCUCUUGAGAAGAUCGCCGGGAGCGAUACUGGUGUCUAUAUAGGCACUUCUAACCACGAUUAUGCGCAUAUGCUCUGGAAAGAUCCGGAUAACCUGCCGUUAUACCAUGCCGUGGGAACGAGCGCCGCUAUUAUGGCUAACCGCAUUUCUCAUUUCUUUGAUUUGAGAGGGCCGAGUGUAACUAUUGACACUGCGUGUUCCUCUACGCUUGUUGCGCUUCACCAAGCCUGUCAAGGUAUCCGCACCGGCGAAAUUACACAUGCCAUCGUUGGCGGUGCCAACUUGAUUCUCGAGCCUGGCAUGUUAAUACCGAUGAGCUCCUUAAGAUUUUUCUCUCCCGAGGGUAGAUGUUAUACCUACGAUCACCGCGCGGCCGGGUACGGUCGUGGUGAGGGCGUCGGAACCGUCGUCCUGAAAAACCUCAAGGACGCAAUUAGGGACGGCGAUGCGAUUCGCUGCGUCAUUCGCUCCACCGGCGUGAACUCCGAUGGACGAACGGCCGGGGUAAUGUUGCCUAGCGGAGACGCCCAGGAGACUCUUAUUCGAUCGACCUAUGCGGCGGCGGGACUGGAUCCUGCGCUGACACGAUACGUCGAGAGCCAUGGAACCGGAACCAAUGCAGGCGACCCAAUCGAGUCAGGCGCGCUCGGGCGUGUCUUCGGGGCUGCAUCCUCCAGGACCGGGGCCCCGAAGGUCCGGGUAGGAUCGGUGAAGACGAAUAUCGGCCAUCUCGAAAAUGCCAGCGGCAUAGCCGGCCUGAUCAAGACGAUCCUCUCCGUCGAGAAGGGCAUGAUACUUCCCAAUUCGAAUUUCGAAAAGCCGGGAGAGCGCGUGCUUCUUGAGGAGAACCAUCUCGAGGUUCCAACUACCCUGGAGCCGUGGCCCGUGAAGGGACUCCGGCGCGCAUCUGUUUGCUCUUUCGGAUUUGGAGGUACAAACGCGCACUGUGUCUUGGAUGACGCAGAACACUACCUCGAAUCUCACGGGGUCAGUGGGCGCCUUUCGCAGCCACUUUCUACUUCUACGGAGCCUGAGACGGCGACGAAUGGAAAUACGAACGGCGAUGUGAACGGCGCUGAAAUCGUACCCACUCCACGGGUCUUCGUCAUCUCGGCGAACGAUGAGCAUACCUGUAGAUUGCUUUCGAAGACGUAUGCUUCCUACUUCGGCAGCGUAGCCAACGAUAGCCUAGCUUACGCAGACCAACUGGCCUAUACCCUCCACUCUCGUCGAUCCCUCCUCCCCUGGCGAGGGGCAGUCGUCGCAUCCAAUCUCCGGGAGCUUUCUGAAAAGCUAGCUUCUGAAGAGCUCUCGCUGUCCAGACCAGGGUCUCCGUCGAGAAUCGGCUUCGUGUUCACGGGUCAAGGUGCGCAAUGGUUUGGUAUGGGUCGUGAGCUCAGGCAUGCCUACCCCGUGUUCAAGGAGAGCAUGGAGGCUGCGGAUAGACACCUGAAGACGCUUGGAUCGCCGUGGUCCCUGAUGGAACAAUUGUUUGAAGACAAGGACUCGAGCCAGUUGGGGACUGCAUCCGUCAGUCAGCCCGCCUGCACCGCGAUCCAGUUAGCCAUCGUUGACCUCCUCUCGAGUUGGGAUGUGAAACCGGCCGCCGUCAUCGGUCACUCUAGCGGCGAGAUCGCGGCCGCGUAUGCAGCGGGAGCCUUGACUUUUGAGUCGGCGUUGGCUGUAGCAUACUAUCGCGGAGUCGCGAUGGUAGAGCUUAAGCAAGUGACUCCCGAGCUCCGCGGCGGGAUGCUGGCGGCUGGGAUCUCCGCGUCCGAAGCUCAGAAACUCAUCAUGGAGCUGAAUAUUGGCGAGCUCACCGUGGCGUGCGUCAAUUCGCCGUCCUCCGUUACGAUUAGCGGCGACGUCGAUGCUGUCGAGAAGCUCGUAACGGUUCUGGAUGAGCGUGGGAUCUUCGCACGCCGACUCAAGGUCGAGGUUGCGUAUCACUCUCAUCACAUGUUCUACGCUUCCAACGGGUACCUGCAGAAUAUGCUCAAGGGUGCGCAGCUUCCUGACGGCAAGAGUCCGAGCCGUGAUGUGGUGUUCGCAUCGUCUCUGGUUGCUGGAAUAGCCAAUCUUCAGGACCUGACUGCGACUUAUUGGGUCCGCAACAUGGUCAGUUCUGUUCGGUUCUCUGAAGCCCUGACCGUUAUGGUCGCGGGCAAGCAAGGUAGCUUGGUCGACACCCUAUUAGAAAUUGGCCCUCAUUCCACCCUGGCCGGCCCGAUCGGCCAGACUUUGACGAGCCUCAGUCUCAAGGCAAAGAUCAAGUACCUGCCGACGCUUGUACGAAACCAAAACGCGCACGUUAGCUUGCUCAGCACAGCCGCUGGCCUCUGGACACACGAUUACCCUGUGGAUAUCAAUAGCGCCAAUCGCCUAGAGUAUCCCGAACUGAAGUACGGGCCGCUGCUAGAUCUACCGCCGUACCCUUUCAAUCAUACGGUCGAACACUGGCACGAGUCGCGUCUAUCUAAGGACUAUCGUCAUCGUAAGAUAGGACGGCACGAUAUACUGGGGGGUCUGGUCCCGGAUAGUAACUCGAUCGAGCCUAGGUGGCGGAAUAUCCUUCGUCUAACGGAAAACCCCUGGAUUAAGGAUCAUAUCGUGCAAUCGACCGUCGUGUUCCCUGCGGCUGGCUACAUCGCCAUGGCGAUCGAGGCGGCGCGACAGGCGCACUUGAUGGGUGCUCGACCGCUGCCACCGCCCAAAACCUUCCACCUGAGGAGGAUCUGUUUGUCGACGGCGCUCGUGGUUCCAGACAGUGACGCCGGUGUCGAAACGUCUCUGUCGCUCCGGCCAGUUCCUGACGGUGACCAGGAAUCAUCGACGAAAUGGUGGGAAUUCAGGAUAUUCUCGCACACCGUGGCGGCUCAGAGUUGGAGUGAGCAUUGCCGUGGUCAGAUCUCUAUUGACGCAGAAGCCGACGACCAUCAGGACCGCGAAACCGACGACGACGGGACUGCAGCCUUCUGGAAAGACCGGCUGUCGACGGAAUUCCAGGAUUGCCGCAUCCCAUUGCCUAGCAGUCAACUCUACGACAUAUUUAACAACAUGGGGUUGGUCUUUGGGGCGACUUUCCGCAAUCUGGCCAACGUGUUGGUGGGCGCAAACAGCAACUCCACGAGUGAGAUCACGAUUCCCGACACAAAAGCGACAAUGCCUUACCAGGCCGAGUUUUUCAACACCAUCCAUCCUGCAGUGCUCGACUCUUGCUUCCAAGCUGCGUUUCCUCCCGUUAUUUAUCACGGCAAGCUGAAGGAUCCUAUGGUUCCGACUUUUAUCGAACACUUGACCAUCGAUGCCAAUGUCUCAAGGAACGUCGGCGCGACAUUCAAAGCGUACGCGUCGGUGCAACCUUCAGGUCUUCGCAAUUGCCUAUCCGACAUCUCAGUCUUUAGAACGGAUUCGUCUUCAGGCGCGUCUCCUACGAUAUUGGUGAAGGGGCUGAAGACUACCUCGUUGACCUGGUCGUCAACGCGACCGUGGGAACUCAAUACGACGAGGAAGAUCUGCUACACCGUGCCUUUAGAAACAGAUGUAGAUUUGCUUGACACGACCCAGCUGGCUGGUUUCUGGCCCGCACCUGACCCGUCGAAGAAGCUCGAGACGGCUGAGUCUCUUGCCGUUCUCGAAUGGCUCGCGUUCCAAUUCAUGAAAGAGGCCUUGGCCGAAAUCAAGCCCGAAGACCUAGAGAAGAUGGAAUGGCACCACAAGCGGUUCUACGAAUGGAGCCUCUCGCAAGAUGUCCCCUCGAUCACGACAGAGCCGAGCAAUGCUUCUUUGCCCGUGGCAUCAGGCGUGUUGAGCCUCGACGACCAUUCUGCGAAGAGGAGCGCCGCCGUCUCAGUCGCGGAAACUUUAGGCGCUGAAGGCGAAGUCGUGCUCCGAGUCGGAAAGAGCCUCGGCCCGAUUCUCAAGGGCGAAGUCGACCCGCUAGCGCUCAUGGUAGAGGGCGGCCUGCUCACCGAGGUAUACGCCCAGGACAGGAGCAUGUUGCGAUGUUACGAGCUUUUGAAGACAUACGUCUCGAGUUUAUCAUUCAAGAAUCCUAACCUGAAGAUCCUCGAGAUCGGCGCUGGCACUGGCGGCGCGACCGAACCUUUCCUCCAGGCACUUGGUGGCGGCGACACCGGCGUAUACCCGCGCUUCUCCAAGUAUACCUAUACCGACAUCUCGUCAGCCUUCUUUGAGAAGGCGCGCGCUCGCUUUUCCGCGUGGGACGGUAUGCUCGAGUACCGGACGCUCGACGUUGAGCGCCCACCGGCAGACCAAGGUUUCGAGUACGGGACGUACGACCUCAUCAUCGCUGCCAACGUGCUCCACGCGACGCGCAGCAUGGACGUGACAAUGUCGAACGCGCGCCGGCUGCUCAAGCCCGGCGGGCGCCUGAUCAUGAUCGAGAUCACGAACCCACGCCUGCGCAUCUUCCUCCCCUUCGGCACCCUGCCCGGCUGGUGGCUCGGCGAGGGCGACGGCCGCGAGAUGGGCCCGCUGUUGAAUACCGAGAUGUGGGACGGCGUGCUUAGGCGGAACGGGUACGAGGGCAUUGAGAUCUGCGAGCCCGAUUACCCCGGCCCGUACCAGAUGUCCAGCCUGAUCGUAAGCCGCGUGCCGCUAGAGAACAGCGGCAAACCUGCCCCAUCCGUCCAGAUCUUCUCUCCUGGCGAGGAUUCUGGAGCUGUCGCCGAAUUGGCUAAACGGCUCGAGAAAGAAAACCAGGCGCCUGAAGUGUUGAGCUGGUCUAACCUGGAUAAAGUGACUCGGGGGCCUCUCGUAAUCAUGGACAUAGAAGGUAAUAGUCUAACUACUAACUUCGACACAACGAGAUUCUCCUCUAUUCGGAAAGCUUUUGGUUCAUCCCACAACAUCCUGUGGGUUACCUCGGGUGCGAACGGUAGCAACCCCAACGCAGCCACGGUAUUGGGACUGUCGCGAUCCUUGAGGAACGAAGACGCCGCAUUGAAAUUUGUUACGCUCGACCUAGACUCGCGUACGAUCACGAACAGCUCCGAGACCGCUGAGAAGAUUCUGCGAGUACUCAACUCGAGACUGAACGGCGUUGCCAACUCUGAGGAUCAGGAGUUGAUUGAACGGGACGGUUUCAUCAAGAUCCCCAGACUCGUCGAGCACAAGGAACUAAACGAAGAGCUGGUUAGAGACCUCGCAGAUGUCAAGAAGCCGCCAGAGUUGGAGCCGCUGUACCAGCCUAAACGACCGCUGCGGCUGCAAAUCGGCACGCCCGGCCUGCUCGACUCGCUCCAUUUCGCAGAUGUCCCUGAUUGGGAAGAGUCCCUCGAUGCCGACAGCGUUGAAGUGCGGAUCAAGGCUAUCGGCCUCAAUUUCCGCGACGUCCUAACCGUGCUCGGCCAGAUAGAGAACCCUUACCCCCUCGGUUUCGACUCCGCCGGAGUGGUCACCGCCGUGGGAAGCAACGUCAAGGAUUUCGCUAUCGGAGACAAGGUCAUCGUCGGUCUGGCAGUCGGGUCCUUCACUAGCGUUCAUCGGGUGAACAAGUGGCAUCUGGUGCACCUGCCCGACGGGUUCUCCUUUGAGGACGGCGCCGCCGUUCCCCUCCCAUUCGUGACGGCGUAUCACGCUCUCGUAGACGUCGCCAGGGUGUCCAAGGGCCAGACGGUGCUAAUCCACAGCGCAGCUGGCGGUGUCGGACAAGCCGCCGUGAAGUUAGCACAGCUGGCGGGCGCCGAGGUCUUCGUCACCGUCGGUAGUGACGAGAAGCGUCAAUUUAUGAUCGACGAGUACGGCAUCCCGGCAUCGCACAUAUUCUCGAGCCGCCGGUCCGGCUUCGCGGAGCGCAUCAUGCGCACGACGAACGGCCGGGGCGUUGACGUGGUGCUCAACUCGCUCGCCGGCGAGCUGCUAAAGGAGACGUGGGACUGCAUCGCGACGUUUGGGUACUUUCUCGAGAUCGGCAAGCGCGACAUCUACGCCAACACCCGGCUCGAGAUGCGGCCCUUUGAUAACCACGUCACUUUCGCGGCCAUCGACCUGUCGCGCAUCUUUACGCAGCGUCUCGAGUGGGGUUCCCGCAUCUUUAACGACUGCUUCCAGCUCUUCCGUGAUGGUAAGCUGACGCCGAUGACGCCCAUCACGGCCUUCCCGAUCGACCAGGCCGAGGCUGCGUUCCGCUUCAUGCAGGUGGGCAAGCACAGCGGCAAGAUCGUCGUCACGGUACCCGAGGAUGCGCAGGUCUUGGUUGCGCCGCGCGAGAAUGUCCGCUUCCUCCGAACCGACGCGACGUACCUCGUCGCUGGCGGCACCGGCGGUCUCGGCCGCGAGAUCGCCCGCUGGAUGGUCGACAACGGCGCUCACAAUAUCUUGCUGCUGUCACGCAGCGGCCUCGACGGCAACGACAAGGCCCGCGAGCUCACCGACGAAUGCGCGGCGCGUGGGGCCCGUGUCAAAGUCGCAAAAUGCGACACGCGCAGCACCGAGGACCUCUCGCGCGUGGUCCGCGAGGCACGCGAGGUCGACGGCAUGCCGCCCGUGCGCGGCGUCAUAAAUGGCGCCAUGAUCCUGCGGGACUCGCUCUUCGAGAACAUGGCAUUCGCCGACUGGGAGGCGGUGACGAGUACGAAGCUGGCCUCGACGUGGAACCUGCACAACGAGUUCCUCGCUGCGGCAGUCGAGCCGCUCGACUUUUUCGUGCUGUUGUCGUCGGCGUCGGGCAUCUCGGGCAACCGGGGCCAGUCCAACUACGCGGCGUCGUCGGCGUUCCAGGACGCAUUCGCGCGCUACCGGCGCGAGGCGCUGGGCCUACACGCCUCCGUCCUCGACCUCGGUAUGAUCGAGUCGGCCGGCUACGUGACGGACAACGCCGACUCCGUCGCCUACCUGCGCGUGCAUGGGUACAGCGCCAUCAAGCUCAAGGAGCUCUUCACCAUGCUGCGGCACGCCAUCGUGGCUGGCGCCGGCGAGCGCGAGCAGGUCGUCUCCGGAUACGAUAGCACGGCAGCAGAGCACGUGCGCGCAGCCGCGUCGGGGGUCGGCUCGGGCGCAGGUAUCGGCCUCCAUGACGCCAAGUUUAGCCACCUGCCGCAGAUCCACCUGGCGCACGCGCAGAACGCAGGCGGCGAAGGCGGCAGCGGUGAGGGCGGCAGUGGCGCCAAAGUGUCGCUGCGGCAGCCCCUGCUCUCGGCUUCUGGCUCGGAGCGGCGCGACGUGCUGACGCAGGCGGUAGUGCUGCGGCUCGCGAGCCUGCUGGGGCGCGACGCGUCGGACGUGAGCCCGACGCGCAGCGUGGCGGCGCUCGGGCUCGACAGCCUCGUCGCCGUCGAGCUGCGCAACUGGAUCGUCAGCGAGACCGGCGUCGGCCUGCCCAUCUUUGAGAUUCUCGGCGCCGCGAGCCUCGUCGAGCUCGCCGGCAAGAUCGAGGCUGGCUGCGCAUUCCUCGAGUAGGCCGGGAACUCUCUGGAGGGGAGACGGCGUUAACUGGAAAGGAGAGGGGAUGCAGUAGUGCUGUAUUAACAGGCCCGGGGGGGGGUUAAAGGUGGAAGGAAUCUAACCUCGCCAUUUAUUGCCUUUUGACUUACGAACAUCUAUCUCACCAUAGCAACCACAUAUUUUCUACUUUUUAAAUCCUAUUUCAGGCAUGUUCGGCGUUGGCUG